GUAGAAGUAGAAUGGAAUGGUGGUAUAUAGAAAGAAGUGGGAGAAGGGAAACGGAAGGAAAAAGGUGGAAUAAAAAUAGAAGGGAAGGAAGUAGAAAGGAGAAAAUGAAGAGAAAAAGAAAUAG